AUGGUUAAGAGGAAGCCUAACGUUUUUGGUAGCUCUUCUGAUUCUGAUUCCGAUUCUGAAUACCAUAAGGUUGUAAAUACCAAGCGCAAGAAGAAGCCGCCUAUAUUUGAUACCAUAAAAAAUAAUGAUAUUGACAGGCGUGGGUGUGAAAAUGAACAUGAUGAAGAAGAGGAUUAUAUGAAAUAUUCAACGGAGAAUUUGCUCAAUGAAGAUAAAGAAGGGAUAGAUCAUUCCAACACAAAGAGGUUUGAAGGAAUGAAAUAUGACGAAGUUCAACAGGUCAAACGAGAAGAAGCUUUAAACCAGUCUUUAUUCACUAACAAACAUGCAAAAAACUCUAUUGGUCUCAGUAUUAUGGAAAAGAUGGGAUUCAAGGUUGGAGACUCGUUGGGUAAUGCGGGAAAAGAUGAGAAAAUAGUAACAACCCCUAUAGACGUACUGAUCAAAACAAAUAGAUUAGGGAUAGGAGCAUCCAAUUCUAAACAGAAUAGUCAAUCGGGACCGCAAACCGAGGUAGACGUCCUGGGGUAUAGGGACCGUAUUCAGAAAUCGAAAACCAACAGUAAAAAUGAAUUCAUGAUAAAUAAGGCCAUGAAAAUUUGUUUCGAACUAAGUGGAGAUUCUGAAGAAUAUUAUAAUGAUAAAAACAUUUUCAAACCUCAAGAAGUGAAUAUACUAUGGAGACCCUACGUGAUAGAUAUAAUAGAAAAGGAUCUGGCUAAUAGGCUCAACCAGAAGGUUAUAAGAAUAGAUGAAAACAAAGAACCUGAGUCCCGAACUUGUACGAAUAGAGAAAACCUUGAUAAGGACUAUGAGCUAUAUUUACUAUCCGAACCCUUGGAUAAAUUGGAGAGGCUUCUAAAAUAUAUGAGGCAUAGCCAUCAUUAUUGCUUUUAUUGCGGAUGUUCGUUUAAGGACCAGAAAGAUUUGAUUGGAAGUUGUCCAGGUAUACACGAAGAAGAUCAUCUCGAUCUAUAA